UGCUCAGCUGCCGCGGCGGAGCAGCAGCGGGAAGGCGUCCGGAGCCGCCGUCGCAGCUGUGCCGGCGGGGGAAGGCUCCCCGCAGCCCGGGGGGUGCCCCCAGCGGGGCCGGGGGUGCGGGCGGGCACCCCGCCAUGGCCUUCACCAUGCUGCGCCCCGUGGCCGCCCGCGUGCUCUACCCCGACCUCAGCAUGCUCUCGGAGGACGAGGAGAACCGCAGCGAGAGCGACACGUCGGACCAGUCGUUCGGCUGCUGCGAGGGCGCCGAGGCUCGCCGCAAGCUGCCGCGCAAGCCGGGGCCGAUGGUGAUGGUGAAGCAGAGGCAGGCGGCGAACGCGCGGGAGCGGGACCGGACCCAGAGCGUCAACACGGCCUUCACCGCCCUGCGGACCCUCAUCCCCACCGAGCCCGUGGAUCGGAAGCUGUCCAAGAUCGAGACCCUCCGCCUGGCCUCCAGCUACAUCUCGCACCUGGCCAACGUGCUGCUGCUGGGCGAGGGCUGCGAGGACGGGCAGCCCUGCUUCAGUGCCAUCUAUGGCGCCAAGGGCGACCUGGACAGCAAACAGCCCCGCAGCAUCUGCACCUUCUGCCUCAGCAACCAGCGGAAAGGGGGCAGUCGGAGGGACCUCGGGGGCAACUGCCUGAAGGUGCGAGGGGUGACGCCCCUGCGAGUGUCGCGGAGAUGAGCCGGGCUCCGGCAGCACCCACCUGAGACGGCGGCAGAGGCAGACGGAGCCCGCACACGCCAGCCCAGAGACCGCAGCGGGGAGGGAGGGAGCUGCUCACCUGGGGUGGCAGCGGCCGAGCCCAGGCUGGCACCACACCGACACUGGCCCUGGAGCCGGCAGUGGGGCGGGAGGACGCUCCCGUGGCCGAGGCUGCCCACGCGGGGCAGGGCCGGGAAGGGGGGUCCCCGCGCCCCGGGGCUGGACUGGAAGGGGCCUGUGUGCGGCCGGCGUCGAGGCGCUCCGGGGGGACAGUGUCGUGGCCCUGGGGAUGCUGGUUGUGCACGUGCAGCUGCUUGGAAAAUAAAGCCUUAUUUUUCUGA